AUGCAGUACGGGCUCGCCCUCUUUGCUCUGUUCCCGGCCCUUGCUGUCGCUGCUCCCGCCGGCCCCCCCCUUUACGUCUUCCCCAAUCCCACCAGGUCGCCGCCCCCUAGUACCCUCAAGUGCGGCACGAACGAGUACGCAGACACCGACGUGCAAGAUGCCAUCUCGCUCGCCCAGAUUGCGCAGUUCAAUCCUAUUCGGGGCUACCCGAAGAAGUUCAAGAACUACGAGGGUUUCAAUUUCAGCGCCUACUGCUCAGGCCCCCCCUACUAUGAGUACCCCCUCGUCCUGACCGCUGGGGGCUACACGGGCGGAAAUCCGGGCCCUGACCGUGUCAUCUACGACUCGGGAGGAGAAUUCUGCGGCGCUGUCACCCACACUCGGGCGCCCACGCCCAACGGCUUCAUCAGGUGCAUCUACUAG